AGUACAAACUGAGUUAUGCUUCAUGGCCCAAGUUUACCCAUGCAGCAUGAAUGUAAAAGAAGAGUUGGAGGAGGGUGCGAAUAAAGAGUCUGUUGAAGAUCCUUUGGGAAUAUCUUGGUUCACUGAUUUCAUCAAGGAGGAUCCUGAAUUAAAUUUGGAAAUGAAUAUAACUGAGAAUACUGUGGGAACCUCAACAAAAUUCGCAUCUGAUAGUGCAAGAUUUACUCAGACUACUGGUGGGAGCGGCAGCGUAUCAUGUGAGGAAACUUGUCACCAUAGACUGGUGAUAGACAUGGAGAAGUCAACACAUGGGUUCAGUACCAAUACAGAAGAUGUGACUAUUGAUAAGGAAUGCUCAGUUGCCACCCAAUAUGACUGCAGUACAAGGGAAAAGGAAUUUCAUGUAUAUAGCUGUAAUUUCUGCCUACAAAGCUUUCCUUCCAAAUACAGACUCAUAAUGCAUGUGUUUACGCACAUUGGUGGUACGCAACCACCUUUGUAUGUUUGUAAGUGGUGUGGUGAGGUAUUUGACAGUAAUGUUGGCUUGAAAAAGCAUAUGAGAAUGAGUGAGAAUUGUCAAUUUUUAACUGCUGAUGGUCAUGAAAGAUAUGGCCAUAGUGAUGAGCGUCAAAGCAGUACCUUGUUGGAUAGCGAGCCAGAAGUUUCUGUCACACAGCACAGUGAGCAGUCUUCAUGUAAGGAAACUUGGAAAGUGUCAAAGAAGCCCUCUAACGACAUGUGUAACACACACAUGACAAAUGAUAGAGAGAAAAAAAGUAAUUAUGGAACUUCGUCUAUAGCUGUUAAUGUAAGUGCCCAGGCUGAUCUACUUACUGCAAACAGAACUGACAGAUGUGGUAUUUGUGGCAAAUUGUUUGCUAGGUCAGGUGAUCUCAAGAGACAUUGUUCCAUUCAUACCGGGAAAAGACUUCACAAAUGUGAAAUUUGUGACAAAUGGUUUGCCCGGUCAGGUAAUCUAAAGGCUCACAUAUUAAUUCACACCGGAAAGAAACCGCACAAAUGUGAGAUUUGUGGGAAAUCUUUCACGAUCUCAGGCAGUCUCAAGAAACACGUAUUACUUCACACUGGAAAGUUACCUCACAAGUGUGAGAUUUGUGGGAAAUGUUUUGCCUUGUCAAGCAAUCUCAAGAUACACACAUUAAUUCACGCUGGAAUUAAACCUCAUACAUGUGAGAUUUGUGGGAAAUGUUUUGCCUUGUCAAGCAAUCUCAAGAUACACACAUUAAUUCACACUGGAAUUAAACCUCAUACAUGUGAGAUUUGUGGGAAAUCUUUUGCUAGGUCAGGUGAUCUCAAGAAACAUGUAUUAAUUCACACUGGAAAGAAACCUCACAAAUGUAAAAUUUGUGGGAAAUCUUUUGCUAGGGGGCACCAUCUCAAGAGACAUACAUUAAUUCACACUGGAAAGAAACUUCUCAAAUGUGAUAUUUGUGGGAAAUCUUUUGCUGGGUCAGGUGUUCUCAAGAGACAUGUUUUACUUCACACUGGUAAGAAACCUCACAAAUGUGAGAUUUGUGAGAAAUCUUUUGCUAGGUCAGAUGAUCUCAAGAUACACACAUUCAUUCACACUGGAAAGAAACCUCACAAAUGUGAGAUUUGUGUGAAAUCUUUUGCUAGGUCAGGUGAUCUCAAGAAACAUAUAUUAAUUCACACUGGAAAGAAACCCCACAAAUGUGAGAUUUGUGGGAAAUCUUUUGCUUUGUCAGGAAAUCUCAAGACACAUGUAUUAAUUCACACUGGAAAGAAACCUCACAAGUGUGAGAUUUGCGACAAAUCGUUUGCCCAGUCACCUCAUCUGAAGCAACAUGGAUUAAUUCACACUGGAAAGAAACCUCACAAAUGUGAGAUUUGUGGGAAAUCUUUUGCUAGGUCAGGCGUUCUCAAGCAACAUGCAUUAAUUCACUCUGGAAAUAAUCCCCAUGAAUGCGAUAUUUGUGGGAAAUGUUUUUCUAGCUCAGGUGAUCUCAAUACACACUCAUUAAUUCACACUGGAAAUAAACCCCACAAAUGCGAUAUUUGUGGCAAAUCGUUUGCCACAUCAGGUUCUCUCAAGACACACACAAUAAUCCACAGUGGAAAGAAACCUUACAAAUGUGAGAUUUGUGGGAAGUCUUUUGCCCAGUCAGGUCAUCUCGAGAGUCACAUAUUAAUUCACACUUUAAAGAAACCGCACAAUUAAGAUUUGUGGCAAAUCAUUUGCUAGAUCAGGUGAUCUCAAGACACGUACUUUAGAACACAUUAGGAGGAGACCUCACAAAUGUGAUGUGACAAAAGUUUCAUUCAGGUGGGAACUCUCAAGACACAUGCACUACUUCACAUCAAAAAGAAAUUACGACAAAUAGAUUUUCCUGGUUGGUGCUCUCAAGGCCUAUAAAACAAUGGAUGUGGCAGGGUGACAGUAAAUUGUAUUGCCUGUGAAAUAAAAUUAAAAUGUGGUAGGAUUGUGAAAAAAUGUGCAAUAAUGUGACAAUAUAUAAAUCCGUAUCUGCCGCUUUACAUGUCAAGAAAUGGUAAUCUUAAAUACUCCAGAAACAUGAAUCAAAUGUGUUUUUGUCAUUAGCACUGCUGCUUUUUCCCAUCGAUCUUGAGACAAGAAGAUUGUGAAUUGUGAUAAAUC